GCUGAGAGCUCUGAGAGGAGCUAGAAGAGGGAGAAGCAGCCAGAAGCAGACAAGAGUUGGAGGCAGACCAGGAGCCCGAGCCCGAGUUAGAGUCGAAGGUGUUUUUACUAAGGAGCAGAAACUAAAGAAGUUGAAAAGAUGAUGGUUAUCUUGGGACUGCUCACCUCCUUCCUUUCCUUCCUGUAUGUGAUAGCUCCAUCCAUCAGGAAGUUCUUCGCUGGUGGGGUUUGUAGAACAGACGUGCAGCUUCCUGGGAAGAUAGUGGUGAUCACUGGCGCCAACACUGGCAUCGGCAAGGAGACGGCCAGAGAGCUCGCUCGCAGAGGAGCCCGAGUAUACAUUGCCUGCCGAGAUGUGCUCAAGGGGGAGUCUGCUGCCAGUGAAAUCCGAGCUGAUACAAAGAACUCCCAGGUGCUGGUGCGGAAACUGGACCUAUCGGAUACCAAAUCCAUCAGAGCCUUUGCUGAGGGCUUUCUGGCAGAGGAAAAGCAGCUCCAUAUUCUGAUCAACAAUGCAGGAGUGAUGAUGUGUCCAUAUUCCAAGACAGCUGAUGGCUUUGAAACCCACCUGGGAGUCAACCACCUGGGCCACUUCCUUCUCACCCACUUGCUCCUGGAGCGGCUGAAGGAGUCUGCUCCUGCACGGGUGGUGAACCUGUCAUCUGUGGUCCACAUUGCUGGCAAGAUUCGCUUCCACGACCUGCAGGGUGAGAAGCGCUACAGCCGCGGUUUUGCUUAUUGUCACAGCAAGUUGGCCAAUGUGCUUUUUACUCGUGAGCUGGCCAAAAAGCUCCAAGGCACAGGGGUCACCACCUACUCGGUGCACCCGGGCAUUGUCCGCUCCGAGCUGGUCCGCCAUUCCUUCCUGAUGUGCCUGCUCUGGCGGCUCUUCUCCCCCUUCCUCAAGUCAGCACGGGAGGGGGCGCAGACCAGCCUGCACUGCGCCCUGGCUGAGGGCCUGGAGCCCCUGAGCGGCAAGUACUUCAGUGACUGCAAGAGGGCCUGGGUGUCUCCAAGGGCCCGAAAUAACCAAACUGCUGAGCGGCUGUGGGCCGUCAGCUGUGAGCUUCUAGGAAUCCAAUGGAAGUAGAGCUGGUAGAAGAGCCACGGCUUUAUCAGGUCUGGCCCGUGCCAUCAUGAAGGGGGACCAAGAAGGCCAACCCUGAGGAUGGUCCUCCCGGCUGGCUGCUGCUGUGAAUCCUGUCCUCCUCUGAUUCUCCUCACCCUUCUGGAAACCUCUGUAUACCCAACCCUCCUGUAAGGCUGGCUCAUGGCCUCAGAUGUUCACAUCUACAGAGCAUGCUUCUCCAAGACUUGCAGUCGGCCUCCCUCUUGGGGCAGGAGGAGGAGGCAGAUGCCAGGCUGAGCACAGGGAUGGCAAAAGAGCCUGGGAAACUGGGUCAGUUUCCUCACCGGUACCAGAAACGCCAGCCAGCAGGCUCAGCGGAGGUGGCAGGAGCACCAGCGUUACGUAUUUCCAGGGACUAUAGACUCAAACUUUUGACUAAUCUCUCCUCUUUAAAUUCUGGUCACAACUCUGGAGUCUGGACCAACUCAGGAAAAUCUUGGCUUAACCUUGGCCAGCUUUGGUUCCUUCCUCUGAGCACCCUGGAGUCCCUGCAUGAAGCUGGGCCUUCCCAUUUUCUUUUUCCACUUUUUUAAAAAUUGAAAAAAAAUUUCUAGCUUUAUUGAGAUAUAAUUUUUUAAUCAUGUAGAUGGUUUCAUUUUCCAAAGCAUUCCCUUCACCUCAUAUUUUUAAUAGUUUGUUGAUUUAAAAAAAAAAAGACAGGAAGGAAGAGGGAGAGAGAGAUAUAAACA